CGCAGGCGCAGGCGCAGUCCGGCGGGGCCGGGCCGGGCCGAGCGCCGGGCAGGGGAGCGCGGCGCCGCGCCGCGCCGUGCGGGGCCCGCGGGAGGGGGGGGGUGUCGGCAGCCCUCGGCGGGGAACGGCACCUUAGCCCGGGGCUGGCUGGAGCCCCGGCGGCGGGCUCGAGCGGCGGGCUCGCCCGCGGACUGAAAGCGGGUGCUGCGUUUCAGGGCAUUUGCGAAAACAAGCGAAAAACCCCACGCUGAACUGUAGUUACAGUGUUUAUAGCUCGGAGGUCUGAAAAGGGCAUGUGUGUUAAACAUGGAGGAAGACGAAGAGGAGGAUUACAUGUCUGAUUCAUUUAUUAAAGAGGAUGUAAGGCCGGGCUUGCCCAUGGUGAGGCGGAUGAAAGAAGCUAUUCAGAAAGAAGAAAAGCAGAAAGAAGCCAAUGAGAAAAACAAGCAAAAGAGUAUAAAAGAAGAAGAAAAAGAGAGACGUGAGCUGGUGCUGAAAAGUGCAUUAGGCAAUGAGAACAGAGGCUUUGCUUUGCUCCAGAAGAUGGGCUACAAGAGUGGCCAGGCCCUUGGCAGAAGUGGAGAAGGCAUUGUUGAACCUAUCCCUCUGAACAUAAAAACAGGCAGAAGUGGGCUUGGUCAUGAGGAAUUCAAAAAGCGAAAAGCUGAAGAAAAACUAGAAAACUACAGACAAAAACUCCAUAUGAAAAAGAAAGCAAAUGAACAGGCUGCAGAUCAGUUCAGAAUAAGAUUCAAAAACAAACAAGAAGAACGUAAAAUGGAAGGGGACCUUCGAAAAAGCCAGAGGGCCUGCCAGCAGUUAGAUAUGCAAAAGGACAUUGAUGUUCCAAAGGAGAUUUGGUUUUGGAUAGAACCUGAAGAGGAAGAGAAAAAGGAUGAAGAGGAGAAGGAAGAUGAAUGCACAAGUUCAGACUUCAGUGUAUCAGAAAAGUUACAGAUCCUGACUGCCUAUUUAAGAGAAGAACAUUUUUACUGCAUUUGGUGUGGAAUAACCUAUGAAGAUUCUGAAGAUUUAUCUUCAAAUUGCCCUGGAGACAGUGCUGCAGACCAUGAGUAAAGUCUUCCUAAAGAAAGGAAUCCUAGAUAAACAUGUAUAUAGUUCAUAAUUUUUUUUUGUUGAGAAGAUUCAGUGCUAUGCCAGACUCUGAAGAAGUCAUGCAAAGCAUGCAGAAAAGGAGGAAUGUUGACAGGUUAAACUGUACAUUUCUGAAACAUUCUAUGUAUUUUCUGCUUGAUUAACAAUUUAAUAAGAAUUACAACUUUACAUUUAUAUUUGCACUACCACAAUUUAGAGGCAGGUAAGAUUUCUACAGUCUUCCCUUAAGCCCUGUCUUGAGCAAGAUAAUAAAAUUCAGGUUUAAGUUACUCUGUUUAAAGUAUGUUAAAGAAGUUUUUGUUGUUGUUUUUAUAUCUUUACAAGAGUGGCUGUACAUCUGUGUUGUAAUUGAGUAUAUUUUUUCUUACCAUCUUACAGCUGGUGAAAAAGAGCUUGUGAAAUAUUAUGGUGACAUUAUUUGAACUGAUAUUCUCCUGUAUGUAAAGGUGGUAUUUUGUAGAAUCUUGGGGUAUGUUAAAUAAAUAUAUUAAUAGA